UGCUUUGGGUUUAUUUUGAAUUCAGUUCUAUUUGGAGUUUGGAUUAUUUGGGAUUGUUGAAUUCGGGGUUGUUUUUUAUUUGGAUCAUUUUGGAAAAUUGAAGUCUAAAAUUGAGAAAUAACAGAAAAACACUACUAAAUCUCCAUUUCCGCCAUUAACAUCUCUCUCGAAGUUUUGAUUAUUUAAUAAGGUCUUGGAGGUUCUUCUAGAUUUCAGAAUGCUAUUGGAGUUGCUCUUAUUUGUUGUUGCUGCAGCAUUGGCAAUGAGAUUGUUGACCGGGAAGUUGAGGAGAAACUUAGUUUCAACGCCCUCUUCCACUUCUCUUUUGCAUUCACAUGCCACAAGUUUUGGAUUUAAAGAGGUACAUGAAGAACGGAAAAGUGAGAUGGUUGGUCAUGUCUUUGAUAGUGUUGCUUUGAAGUAUGAUCUUAUGAACGAUAUCAUGAGUGCUGGAUUACACAGGUUAUGGAAAGACAGAUUGGUAUCCAAACUGAACCCAUUUCCAGGAAUGAAACAUAUUGACAUGGCCGGUGGAACAGGGGAUGUUGCUUUCAGGAUCUUAGAUGCAAUAAACAGAAACAAGAGUAAGCCAAUGCAUCAUCACCAUGAUGAUUUACAGGAACAAGCUCAGAUUUAUGUCUGUGAUAUCAACCCAAACAUGUUAAAUGUUGGUAAAAAGAGGGCCACAGAGAGAGGUCUUGAAGACGACAAAUCUCUAUUAUGGCUGGAGGAAGAUGCAGAAGCCUUGCAUUUUGGAGAUAAUUCGAUGGAUAGUUAUACUAUUGCUUUUGGAAUUAGAAAUGUGACUCAUAUGGAGAAAGCUCUGGCUGAAGCUUAUAGGGUGCUAAAACCAGGGGGAAGAUUCCUAUGCCUUGAACUAACCAGAAUGGAAAUUCCUGUACUUAAAGAAUUGUAUGAUUUAUAUUCAUUCACUGUUAUUCCAGUUGUAGGAAAGCUUAUUACAGGUGAUCGAGAUUCAUACCAGUAUUUAAUACAGAGUAUCCGCUGUUUCCCGCCUCAGGAAACAUUUGCUUCAAUGAUUGCAGAAGCAGGGUUUAAGAAGGUUGAGUAUGAAAAUAUACUUGGAGGAGUUGUUGCAAUUCAUUCUGGGUUGAAAUAAUGAAGAUUUCUGUUCACAUGUUCUUCUUCUGUCUGUCUCUUGCCUUUUCUCUUCAGGUUUCAUGUAACUGAACAUGGGGGGUUGCUUUGAUAAGGCACUAGAUUUAUGAAAUGUUCUCCCACUAGGAAUUUGUUACCGUCUUGGAUUUUAUUCUACUUAGCUGAUGAAUAAGAGAAAAAUCUAAAACUUUUAUGAUGUUACAUUUUUAACUAAUGACAACGGAGUAUAACUGAAAAACUAUUUUGAGAUAGCUUGUGAUCCAUAAGAAGUGAGAUAAAUGA